GGCUUGAAGGACUCCCUCCAAGGCCUAUUAAAUAAAAAAAGUAAAUACUAUUAAAAAUGGCUGAAAUGUUGUUCAACUGUCAAAAUCAGUGAGAUUUCUUUUAUUUUUACAAUGACCUGUAAUUCUUUCAGUGAACUCUGUUGCCUGUUUUGUUGUCCGCCAUGCCCAGGAAAAAUCGCUGCUAAGCUUGCAUUCUUACCUCCCGAACCCACGUAUGCAUUCACACCUGACGAGACUGGAUCAAAAUUUUCGUUGACUCUCACCGAACGGGCCGAAUGGCAAUAUUCAGAACGCGAAAAAGAGAAUAUCGAAGGUUUCUACUCUCGAACAUCAAGAGGCAACAGAAUAGCUUGCCUCUUUGUUCGAUGCAGCCCCAACGCAAGGUUCACUAUACUUUUCUCGCAUGGAAACGCUGUAGAUCUGGGACAAAUGAGUAGUUUCUAUUUAGGUUUAGGUACUAGAAUAAAUUGUAACAUAUUCAGUUAUGACUAUUCUGGAUAUGGAGUUAGUGGUGGGAAGCCAUCAGAAAAGAAUUUGUAUGCGGAUAUCGACGCAGCGUGGCAGGCGUUACGGACUCGGUAUGGAAUAAGCCCAGAAAACAUCAUACUAUAUGGGCAGAGUAUUGGCACAGUUCCCACAGUGGACCUCGCUGCUCGUUAUGAAGUUGGAGCUGUUGUGCUACAUUCACCGUUGAUGUCAGGCAUGCGAGUCGCUUUUCCCAAUACUAAAAGGACCUGGUUUUUUGAUGCCUUCCCAAGUAUCGACAAAAUCCCCAAGGUGACAUCACCAGUGCUUGUGAUCCACGGUACAGAGGAUGAGGUGAUAGACUUCUCCCACGGACUCGCCAUAUACGAGCGCUGCCCACGUGCCGUUGAACCGCUUUGGGUUGAGGGCGCCGGCCAUAAUGAUGUGGAGCUAUUCAAUCAGUACCUGGAGAGACUGAAGCGUUUUGUUUCGGUGGAGUUGCUCAACUGACAAAGACUGCCGGCCUCAGGCCAGACGAAUCAAGGAGAUGAACACAAUAUCGUAUCAACUGUGAGCUCCGGGACAUCGAGUUCGGCUACCGAGAGACUCCUCUAGCUAGCGGGGGCCGGGCCCAGUCGGGCCGGCCCCGAAAAACAUGUAACUAAGAUAGACGCGCCCGCCGCCA